AUGGGGGGGACCAAAGGCCAACUUGAGACGAGGCCCUGGAUCUUGGGACCUGCCGAAGAGCCGGAUUGGCUGUGCGGCGUGGGCCGUGCUCGAUCUGGGGGGGGGGGUCUUGCCCUGCCUGGCCCUGGUGGCCCGGCCCUGGCAGGAUCUACCUGCUGCAGCUGCCGCCAUGUGCUGUCCCUGGAUUGCGACCUCUGCCUGCUUGAGACCUCUGCCUGGCUCUGCCUGCCUGCCUGCCUUGCUACCGUAUUCAUUAGCCUUUUGAACAUGACCAGGCCAGGGGUGCUUCAAGGGAGGUGCUCCUCCUUCCACGUGAUCCUCAAGCCAUUGCGCCUGCCUGACCCUGGCCGCAUCCCCCAACAAUACGGCGCGACGAGGGUGCUGGCGGAGGAAGCCAUUACGGGGUUGAAACGAAGGUGCCUUCUGGGCGCCAUCGUGAGACAGGAGAACAGAAGAGCAGCGUCCAACUGGUCGUCGAUAGCGAUGCUGUGCGCUACCAGAAUCAAAUUCAAAUGGUCCCUCCGCCGCAUUCGCCCGUCACUGUCAGCCAUUCGGACCAAGGCACCAUCCUGA